AUGAUUUUGAACGCUCCGAUCUCAAUUCUUACUCUGCUUGGACAUGCAUGGGCUUCACCUACCAGAGAUACGCUGUCCGGAAAACCUUCCAAGAUUGUGACCAAGAUUGUAUAUCGAGACACGCCGGUCGGAGAUCUUACCAACCUUCCCACUCUUGCUUCUGCCACAUACUGCACUCAGACCUUGGCCGAUGGCAAGGAGCUAUUGGUCACAAAGACUGGAACUACUUGUCCCAUACUAUCGGCGUCUCGCACCACCACUUCAUCCUUUGCUGAUUCAUCUGCACCAUCUCAUGGCUCGUCGUCAGGCUUACCAGGAUCUAGCGACCAAGGCUUAGACAGCAAAUGCUCCAUUUUCCAGAAGAAAGUAACAGAUGCUGGCGGAAAGAUUAGCUGGACUCCCACGGACCAAGAAACUGGUAGUAACAUGUGCAUGAACUAUUGCAGCGAAAAGAUCAAGGCUCUGCUAGACCAGGACCAGGUUGCGAGUUCUGCAUGCCUGGCUUUCGAAAAUCCGAUUCAAUGGCAGGACUAUGGCAUUGCCGGAACACAAAUUGCGUUGGGAAGCUGUGUUUGUAACAAUCCUCUGCUCGACGAACUCGUCCACAACUUCACAAGCGAAGCCUUGCCAGCCAUCGGAGAGGCUGCCCAAGUAGCAGCGUGGACUUUCGAGAAUGAGCAGGCUGCCGCUGGAGGCUUCCAAAGCUGGCUUGAAAAGCCAACAGGUGCAGCCGGAUCCCCGGACAAUCCAUCAACGUGGCUCCCCGACAAGAUCUGUGGAAACAAAUACACUCCAGAAGAAGGCGAGAAAGUCUUCGCUGCGUUUGACAUUGCUUCCAGCUCCAUUGGCGCCGGAGCCUUGUGGAAAUCUCUUCCAAAGGAUAUGCACUGGCCACCACCGUUUCCUAAGGCUAGCGGGUCUCUGGACGAUAUGCUUGGCUAUCUCGAUGGGCACAAACCCAGACCCAAGGGUGACACUCCUAAAGAAAAGCCCGAUCCCCCCAAGAGUGCACCUCCCACGGAUGACCCGCCCAAGUCAAAGGUUCCAGAAAAGGGCACCAGCGCCAAAGCAUGCACAAGAACGAGAGGGAAGCGUGCUCCUGGGAAGGGCCAACAAGGGGACUGCGCCGACAAAGUUACCGUAACUCACAUCUUGAACUCAAAAACAGUAGAGGCGAAGAACACAAUAGCCAAGCUCUGCGAUUGGGCGGCCUGGCCAGAAGCUUGUGCUCACUACUAUUCAGCCAUCCACGCCGACAAAGCGAAUCUGGGAAAAUCACGGUUUACCUGCGAAGACAGCAACAACAGAGUGGAACAAACUUACACAAAGGACUGGGAGAAACAGCACGACCUGGUCUGGAGAAAGUUCAAAAACCCAAAAUUUGUCUUCAAUGGAAAACAACAGAAAAAUGACGAGAAACGUCUGAUCUGUGAAGCUGAUGAAUGGCCACCUGCGUAUUUCGUUCCCAGGGAAGGCGAAGGACGCCCGGAGUGGGGACAGAGGAUCAGAUGGAUUCCCAAAGAAGAUAAUGGAGGGGCUGGAAAUCUAUGGAGGAGUUUCUGCUCGGAUAAUGAUGGUGGCGAGGGUAAUGGCCAACGUGUAAGGAAGCGAAAGAAGGCCAAGAACGGCCAACCGCCAGAGCCGCUGGAGAUUUACAGCCAGGUCCCGAUCAACAAAGACCUCCUCGAAGGGGAGAAGAUCCCUCCACCGAAUCGGAAACGUGAAGGCAAGGACGGCACGAUUACCGAAGACUACGACAUGCUCACAUUCACUCGUGCUGUGUUUGAAAUCAAGUUCAAUUUCGGCGACAGUCCCCCGUCGGAGAAGAACGACUGGCUCCUCAAGGAGAACCCAUGCUGGCCCGAGGACAUUGCACCAGAAGAUCCGGGCUUCGUACUCCUUACCAACGACCCAUACUACAAUAGUCACCCCGAAGCGAAAGCCACCGUAGCAUCAUACGCCGAACCCCCAAGCAGGAAACGAUUCGAUGAAGCCAACGCCGUCCGCGUGAAGCAAUUUGGACCUGAAAGCAAGAUUGCCGACGAUGGCGUCCCGGCUGCAGACCCUCCGCCUCCAAAAGCCCAAAAGCCCAACCCGGCGUCAGGUUCGAAGUUUCGGCGAAAGCGACUCGAGCUCGUGGGAGAUCACUUGCAUCUGAGAGACUUCGAGUUGAACGUCACGCGGCCUUUGACGGAUGAGGAGAUCAAGGAGAACGUGGAAGUCACCAGAUGUAAGGAUCGGAAAUGCGAGCGUGAAGAGGAGCAAGAAGACAGCCUGAUCCUCCUGGCGUUGGUCGUCCUUCUGUGCCGUCUGAGAAUAGCGCGAUGCCGACGCUGGUGA